AUGAGUAAAUUAUUCAGUUCUAAGUUUCUUUCCAGAAAAACUAAGAGAAAGUUAUAUAUUUCCUAUUUACGACUCAUAGUAAUGUAUGGUUGCAAAACGUGGUCAACCACUAAAGGGGAUGAGACAAAGUUAUUAACAUUUGAAAGAAAGGUUCUUAGAAGAAUAUAUGGUCUCAUAUAUAAUACGGAAACAGGGCAGUAUGAAAGGAGAACUAAUACAGAUAUUAUUAAUAGAUCAAAUAUUAAAAAAUAUUUUGUCUUAAAGAGAUUGGAAUGUACUGGACACAUAUGGCAAUAUAAAGAUAGCCUAAUGAGACAAGUUGUGGUAUCUAAACUAAAUAAAACAUGCCCCAGAAAAAGACCAUGUCAGCGUUGGCUAGAUCGAGUAAAGAAAGAUUUAAUUCAAGUAGAUGAAACGGCAAGAACCGAGGAUGCAGACAACAAAGACCGAUGGUAGGGUAUGGUAGAAG